CCAACAUACAAUUCUAACCUCAAAGUCACAUGUGUUGUCCAAGGGGUUUUUUAAUCAAAAUAAAGAUGUCAAUAUUGGCCUACUCUGAAAAGUUUUCCAACUUGAAAUCUAAUAUUGUUGAAAAAUACCAGGUGAUGCCUUUUGGUUGCGAAAAUGAUCUAGAAAUUUAUUACUGCAAUGACUGUAAUUUCCAGACCAGUCUUAUGGUUAUUUUGAAGGAACAUAGUAAGAAGUGUCAAAGAAAUAACGUGAAAGAAACACCAGAUAUCAAUUACGUUAUUCAGAGUUACAGUUGCAAAAGUUGCAAUUUUGAAACCCAUUUUGCAAUAAAGUGGCUUCAGCACGCAACAACAUGUCGACAAACAAAGUCUAAAGGACAUAGAAGUGCCUCUGGUUGGUACAAGUGUGACCAAUGUAAACACAAAUCCAAAAAGAAAACCCACGUAACAGGCAAAAUACGUUGGUAUCACUGCGAGAAAUGUCAAUUCAAAACUGUACUACAAGAAUAUUUAAAAAGACACACAUAUAUCAAGCACGCAAAGGACAGAUGGCAUCAGUGUGAAAAAUGUGUACAUUCAGAUGAUACAAUUAAGUGGUAUCAGUGUGGGAAAUGUACACAUAAAAGUAAAUAUAAAUCCGCGAUGAAGGAACACGUGAGGAAUAAACACAGUGAAGUUGAGCUACUAAAACGUGAAGAGUAUUCAUGUGAUCAUUGUUCAUUUAAAUCAGUUUAUCUGCGUAAUAUGAAGCGACACGUAGAGAACAAACAUUUCUGUAAUCGCGAGGUCAAGUGGUAUCAGUGCGAAAAGUGCCCAUUUAAAACUAAAUUGAAAAAGUCGCUAGAGUCGCAUGUACAAAAUAACCACUUUAGUGAUAAUGAUGUUAAAUGGAUCAGUACAGUCAUGAUGUUAUAAGUGAUAUUUUGUUGGCAACACUGCGUGUCAUUCAAUGCUUGUCAAAAAAUCUGAACGCACCCAGUCCAAUCUAACCUCAAAGUCAAAUGUGUCGUACUUAGAAAGACAAUUUUUCCUUUUGUGAAGAAUUUUUGUCGAAAUACAAGAUGUCAACAUUGGUGUACUCUGAAAAGUUUUCCAACGCGAAAUCCAACAUUGUUCAGAAAUGCCCCGACUGCUCCUACUUCACAACAUCACCAUUUUUGAUGGUAAACCACGCUGAACGUGACCACUCAUCACUGGUACCGUUUGGUUGCGAAAACAACCUAGAAAUUUACCGCUGCAACGACUGCAAUUUCCAGACCAGUCUUACUGUCAGUUUUAAGGAACACGUUCAGAAGUGUCACUUGAAUGAAAGCAAUAACCUGAAAGAUAUUAAUUAUGAAAUCCAGAGCUACAACUGCAAUGGUUGCAAUUUCGAAACCCAUUUUGUAUUGACGUGGCUUCAGCACACAGUGACGUGCCAACACAAAAAAGUACGUUGGUAUCACUGCGAAAAAUGCUCGUUCAAAACGAGAUACAACUACAAUUUAAAAGUUCACAGAGGGUAUAGACACACAGCCAUAAACGACAUCAAAUGGCACAAAUGUAAAUUCUGUGCACACAAAUCAAAAACCGCCUAUAAUUUAAAACAGCACGUGUAUAACAAACAUUCAGAUGAUAAAGUUAGGUGGUAUCAAUGUGAGCAAUGCCCACACAAAACUAAAUAUAAGGCUAAGCUGAAAGUCCAUAUGAUUAAACACAGUGAAGCUAGUUCAAAUGAUAGACCUAAGUGGUAUCAGUGUGACAAGUGUGAAUAUAAGAGUAAACAUAGGUAUAUGACGAAACGCCAUCUAAGGAACAAACACAACGAAAUUGAGGCACAUUCAGAUGAUAAAAUCAAGUGGUAUCAGUGUGAGAAGUGUGCACACAAAAGUAAAUAUAAGUCUGCAAUGACAGAUCACAUGAGGUAUAAACACAGUGAAACUGAGCAGCUGAAAUGUGAUCAAUGUUCAUUCAAAUCAGUUCAUUUGGGAAAUUUAAAGCGACAUGUAAGGAAUAAACAUUUGUGUGAUAGUGAGGUAAAGUGGUACCAGUGCGAAAAGUGCCCAUAUAAGACUAAAUUUAAAUAUUCGCUAGAGUCACAUUUAAAAAACAUCCACUUUAGUGAUAAAGAUAUCAAAUGGAUCAGUGCUGUUAUGACGUUAUGA